AUGGCUCAGUCUACCGCCCCGGCCUCGGCCGGCAAAGACCAGAUCGCGACCCGCCGACGUAGAAAGUCGAGCGUGCGAGGCCACGGCCACGGUCACGACGCCAACGCCCGCCAGCCCUCGAAGCAGGAGCAGCUCGAUCGUCUCUCCAAGCGCAGCCGCGCCCGCGCCAUCCUCCGCCGCUGCAAGCACAUCGCCGUCAAGCACACCUGGACCACGCCCCUUGUCACGGUCCUCGUCUUCCUCUCCCUCUACGCCGUCAACCCCACCGAGUCAAACAUCAUCCACCACUUCAUCUUCCUCUCCUACAAGAUCCCUCAGCAAGGACUCGAUGCCGCUGCCGCCGGCGCUGACUCCGACGCGCCCGCGCAGUAUGGAAAGGGUCUCUGGGAUAUCGCCUUUGUCUGCUUCUACGCCACCGUCCUCUCCUUCACCCGCGAGUUCAUCAUGCAGGAGCUCCUCCGCCCGCUGGCAAAGUCCCUCGGAAUCCGUUCCCGCGGAAAGCAGCAGCGCUUCAUGGAGCAGGCCUACACUGCCGUCUACUUUGGCGUCCUCGGCCCCUUUGGCUUGUACGUCAUGAGCCGCACCCCGGUCUGGUACUUCAACACCACGGGCAUGUAUGAGACGUUCCCCCACAAGACCCACGAAGCCGUCGUCAAGUUCUACUACCUGUUCGAGGCGGCCUACUGGGCGCAGCAGGCGCUGGUCAUGCUUCUCGGUCUGGAGAAGCCGCGCAAGGAUUACUACGAGCUCGUGGCGCACCACUGCGUGACGUUGGCCCUCAUCGGCCUGAGCUACCGGUUUCACUUCACCUACAUGGGUAUCGCUGUCUACCUGACCCACGAUAUCAGCGACUUUUUCAUGGCAAUGUCCAAGACCUUCAACUACGUUGACGCCCCCAUCACCGGACCCUGGUACUGCCUGUCACUGGCCUCGUGGAUCUACCUCCGCCACUUCAUCAACCUCAAGAUCCUCUGGUCCAUCCUCACCGAGUUCUCCACCGUCGGCCCCUACGAGCUCAACUGGGAGACGCAGCAGUACAAGUGCACCCUCUCCAAAGUCAUCACCUUCAGCCUGCUCGGUCUCCUGCAGUCCCUCAACCUCUUCUGGCUCUUCUUCCUCGUGCGCAUCGGAUACCGCUACGUCUUCCAGGGCGUCGAGCAGGACGACCGGUCCGAGGCGGAGGAGUCUGAGGCCGAGCCCAUGGAGACCAUUGAUGAGGUGCCCAAGGUCGACGUCGCAACCCUUGCUGCUGGUGGGGAGGCUGCACAGGCGGCUCAGGCUGUUGCGAAUGGCGUGGCCAAGGCGGCUGGCGGAGGCGGCAUCGCGUCACGAACCAGGAGCCGCCGCGCUGCUUGA